AUGAGGAUACCCCCAGGGAAUCUCAAAAGAUUUGCGAUAGACUCUUUCCAUGACGAGUUUUUCGCCCUAAGCACCGAUGCCCUGCAUCGUAUCCGCGAGGAUGUGGAGAUCCUACAGCUAGGUUACUCGAAGUAUAGUCUUGACUUUGCCGAACUGCUCCUUUUUAUUUCAUCUCAAGGUGCCUCUCAAGGGCAUCGAACUGUCGACUUUCCCAAGCUACGCACGAUAUUCUUCACUAUGGAACCUUAUGACCCAUCUCAAUUCCCGACUCCCAAAAUGUUGACAUUCCUUACCGGAAACAUGCACCAAAUCAAGUGCAUGGCUAUUUCAUGGCCAGAGAAAGAGGAUCUGGUCCCAGAAUUUCGCGAAUUACUCAAGCAUGCACGAAACCUCACAGACCUCUAUCUCAUAGCCUCCACUAACUGGCUAUACGACGAGUUCGAAGAACUGCUGGAGACACUCCCUAUGUUGACCCACAUCACUAUAUCAUCAUCUAGUAGAGCUAAACAUCCUUUUGAAGAGCUUGAAUCGGGGAUAGUGCAUAGUAAACUCGAGACCAUUACUAUUGUAUCGGAGGCUUCAAUUAACCUCUCCAAUGUAUUUUCCUGGGGGUUAAUAUUGGACAAGAUUCGUCAAAACGAGUUACCAGCGCUGAAGGCCAUCUAUAUCAAAGCACCGCAUCUUUCCGGUUGUUUGGAUUCACCUUGGAUACUUCCUAACGAGUAUCAAGACAAGUGGAGAACAGCCAUCAAACUUUGUCGUCAAAAGGGUAUCCAAUUGCUCUCCCUUCAAGGUCACACGAUCUAUUUAUGGGAAGAACGACAUGGCAUCAAAUUCAAACAGGUUGUCCAGCGACCAGGCUCAGAACAAGAUGCUCGCGUUUACAGUGACUCAGAAGAUCAUAGGGAGGAGAGCGGUGGCGAUGAGUGUCUAACGGACACAAGCGAUGACAGUCAAUGGUACCGACUCGAAACGCAGAGCGACCCACCUUCUACGGAUAGUGAUAGUGGGAUUGACGAUGACUCUGAUGACGGGCAUUAUCGCUACGUAGCUCAGCCGGACGUUGAACUAUACAACGCGGAGUCGGACGGUUCCGAAGAUGAAUGGUAUAAGAGAGAUCUCUAUGUGACAAGUUCUAGUUUGCGAGUGAUCUAUGCGGAGGAUAUGGAUCUUCUUUAUAGAGCUCCCCUUGUGGGGACCGAACUUCGAUUCUUGGACCCGACCUUUUCUUCAUUGAUGGAAGUUGCACACGGAUCACCUUCUACGUCCGAAACCCCUAGCUGCCCAAGCUGUGGACGGUGGGAACAAUCUUUUUACGAGAAGCAGAUACGUAGACUAAGGGAAAGACUGGAGUAUUCUCAG